AUGUCAAUCUUAUCAUUAGGAGCGUUGGAUUUCACGGGAUUGACCACAACAAUUAUUCUGAUUAUUCUGAUAUAUGUAGGGCACUUUUAUUACAAAUAUUUUACAAGACCAAAUCCACUACCAGGUCAAAUUCCCCUUCCUCUGUUCGGAGAUGUAUUGAGCAUCAUAUUUCAAGCAAAUGGAGAUGAUGUGGAAUGGUUCCAAUUUUUAAAUAAGAAAUAUGGUGAUAUUUUUGAAACGUAUAUUGGAAAUGAACGUAAAGUGGUAUUUGCCAAAGCGGAAUAUGUUGAAAAGAUGAUGUCACCUUCUACAAACAGCAAUUAUAUAAUUCGAUCGGAAGAUUACCCUUCUUUUGAAGAAUUAGGAAUUAAAGGAAAAGGGAUUUUAUUGAAUAAUGAUAUUCGUACUUGGAGAUUUAAUAGAAAAUUCUUAACACAGGCAGUUUUGGCUCCAAGCUUCUCGAAUGAAGUUUUACAUUGGACUCCAAUUCUUUUUAAUGAAUUAAAUGGGUACUGGAAAGAGAUUGGGGAGAAAGCUCCAAUCGAUUUCGCCGUAUGGAUUCAUAGGUUUACCACGGAAAUUAUUUUUCAAAUGACUGUUGGGUUAAAUGUUAAUGCCAUGGUCACUUAUUUUAAUCAUGUUGAACCAUCAAAGAAAAAACACAUCAAACAAAAUCUCGUAGUUGAAGAUAUUACACAAUUCGUAGAGGUUGUUGAGGGUGGAUUUGAUGAUAUAAAAUUUGCUCUCACGUAUCCCGCUUUUCUUAGACAUACCAUCAUGAAAAAAAAGAAUCAAACCAUGCUUAGUAAUAGGCGUGAAUACAUCGAAACCAUGGUGAAAAUUAUUGAUUAUCGAAGAAAAGAGAUUGAAAAUACACCGGUUGAAGAAAAAUUGAGACAUGAUAUGUUAACUUCUUUGAUCACCGCAAAUACCGAACGUGAUAUCAAUGAAUCCAAGUACAUGGAUGAAGAUCGUUCUAAGCCUUUAAAUAAUGAUGAAAUCAGUCAAAUUUUAUUUGAAGCUAUCGCUGGCGGAAUUGACACAACAGCAAAUUUAUUAUGUUUUGUCAUAUACCAUUUAUGUCAUUAUCCUAACGUUUUGGCUCGUUUGCAAAAGGAACUUGAUUCGAUCUUUGGUUUGGAUCAACGUAUGCCUACGAUGGAAGAUCUCUCAAAGAUGCAUUACACGGAAGCUAUAUUUAAGGAAUGUACACGUCUCAUAAAUACGGUAAAAUACACUCAACGCGUUUCCUCUUCAUCAGAUGUUGUGGCAAGCUAUGAAUGGCCUGCAAACACGACAUUUGUUGCAUAUAUGGAAGGAAUUCAUCUUAAUCCCGUUAUGUUAAAUCAGGAUUAA